AUGAGGCUGGCCUGCCGGUCAACCAGCUCUCGGCGCAAGAAAGGGCGACAGGGUCGUUCGGCUAAUGUCUUGUAUGAAUUAAAAGCAAACACAAAUUCAGAUGCAACUGAAGAAAGUCAAUCGAGUGGUGUUACCCUCGUUGAAAGCCCCAAUAACACACAGACGACGGGAUAUGUGAAAAGGUCUGGGUUGUUGACCGAUGGACUCGUACAGAGUUGUGCUGCGUACUUCUAUUCUCGGAUGUUAGGGACGGUGCCGAUUUUGCAUCCUGACACGUUCCAAGAGCAGGUGGAACGUAUGGAUGAGUGCCCUCAUGCAUAUUGCCUUGUGGUGGCGUUCUGUGCCUUCGUUCUGACGCAGACGGGGUAUCUCUCCUGUCAUCAGGGUACGGGCCCGGAUAUGGGCCGCGCUUUAUUAGACGAAGCGAUGGCUGCUCGGCGGCAUUUGGAUCCGUUUUCCGCUCCUAUUCGUCUUGGUAUUACCAUUGCGUUUCUCUUAUAUGGGUGUCAUAUUGGGUGCGGGAACCAGCGUCAGGCUUAUUAUUUCCUCCGCGAGGCCACCACGUUCUACACGGCCGAUAUGUUAGACCGGUCUGCCGAGGAAGACGAACCGUCUUUUUCAGGGAAGCUGUUUUGGUUGUUGUUGAUAUCCGAACGUGCCCACGCAAUCCGCCGCCGGCGUCCAGUCACACUGCAAAUCACAAGCACCAGUCCAACCUUGGAUACGCCACCACUAGACGCCUUCUCCCUCGGCUUCAGCCAUCUAGUAGACCUGUACCGGCCUUUCGACGAAUCCUUCCUCGCAAUCUGGAACGGUAACCAACCUAUGUGCACCCGGGAAUCCCUAGUCCAGCUGGAGGAGCACAUCCAGCGCUCGGUGCCCGCAGACCUCGACCUACCAGACAUCCUGCUCGCCGACCUCCGUGUCUCGCAGCAAUGGCUCCGCACCAUGAUCUGGCAACUUUCCACAACGGCAGGUUUCCUAUCCAGCACGCCCACCCAUCCAAGCCUCGACUUCCGGUAUCCCCUUCAAAUCGCCCGGGACCUGUCCUUGGCCACGUGGAAGCUCUCGCGGGAAAGCAUGGAGACACAUGGGGUCGGGCUGAUCGAAAAGAUCUUUGAAGUGGCGUGUACGCUCACGGAUGUUAUGGCUUGUUUGUCGUCGACGGGGUUGAGGUCUUUGGGCUUUGAGAUGGGGCCGCAGGAUUAUUUGAAGCAUUUGUGCUCGUUGGUGCAUUCGUUGCACGGUGGGAGGACACGGUUUUUGCCGUUGUUGAUGGCCAAAGUGGGGCAUACAUUGCCGGUUAUGGUGAUGCCUAUUAGUAGACAUCUUGGAUUGGAGGGUCUGGGCAGCGUUGAUGCAGAGGAGAAGAAGGAUUUGGAUGGUGUGGCCGAUGUUGAGCGGGACUUGAAUUGGGCGGAGAUGAGUCGCAUUGGGGAUAUGACUCCAGAUCUUGAUGAUACUUCCUUAUUAUAA